CAAGCCUAAAGACAAUCAUAACUACACAAUGGGCAGUAUUUGCAUCAGUAUUUGCAGUAUUUUCAUACUUUUAUACUCUUUAAUGAAAGUGUUCCACUUCUCACAGCGCUUUACUACGGUGGUCCCGGAAAGCUGCAUGCUGAUUCUGUUGGGUCUGGUCCUGGGUGGUGUGGUGCUCAUUGCCAGCAAGAAGCAGCUCUACCAGCUGGACCCAGGCCUCUUCUUCCUUUUCCUGCUCCCCACCAUAGUGGGGGAUGCUGGGUAUUUUAUGCCUGCCCGCCUGUUUUUCGACAACCUGGGUGCCAUUUUGAUGUAUGCGGUGGUGGGGACUCUGUGGAACGCCUUCUGUACAGGGUUCUGUCUCUAUGGAGUGAAGCAGGCAGGGGUCAUCGAUGAUAAAGUGGAGGCAGGCCUGAUGGAGUUCCUGCUGUUCGGAGCUCUGAUCUCAGCUGUGGAUCCUGUCGCAGUGCUCGCUGUGUUCGAGGAGGUCCAUGUUAACGAGAUGCUCUUCAUCAUCGUCUUUGGAGAGUCGCUUGUCAACGAUGCGGUCACUGUGGUGUUGUAUAAGGUUUAUAUCUCCUUUGUAGAGGUGGGUCCAGGAAAUGUCCAAACAGCAGACUAUUUUAAAGGUGUUGCCUCCUUCCUCAUCGUUAGCAUCGGUGGGACUCUGGUGGGACUGAUCUUUGCUGUUAUCCUGGCCUUUAUCACUCGUUUUACGAAGAGAGUGCGCAUCAUUGAGCCGCUGUUUGUCUUCUUGCUGGUGUAUCUGGCUUACCUCACAGCUGAACUCUUCUCUCUCUCAGCUAUUCUCUCAAUGACCUUCUGCGGCAUUGGCUGCAACAAGUAUGUGGAGGCCAACAUAUCACAGAAGUCCCGCACUGCUGUCAAGUACACCAUGAAGACUCUGGCCAGUAUUGCUGAGACCAUCAUCUUCAUUUUCCUUGGCAUUUCAGCUGUGGACAAGACCAAAUGGGCCUGGGAUACUGGCUUAAUCGUGUGUACGCUCAUAUUCAUCUUUGUCUUCAGAGCCAUGGGUGUAGUCGGACAGACCUGGAUUCUGAACAAGUUUCGAUUGGUUCCUCUGGAAAAGAUUGACCAGGUGGUGAUGUCGUACGGUGGCCUGAGAGGUGCAGUAGCAUUUGCCCUGGUGGUAUUGCUAGAGGAGAAGCACGUGAAGGCGAAGGAUUACUUUGUUGCAACGACCAUCGUUGUGGUUUUCUUCACGGUCAUGUUUCAGGGUCUGACCAUCAAACCGCUGGUGAAAUGGCUCAAGGUUCCUCGCAGCACGAACAGAAAACCUACCAUUAAUGAAGAGAUUCACGAGCGUGCCUUUGACCACAUUCUGGCUGCAGUGGAAGACAUUGCUGGUCUGAAUGGUUAUCAUCACUGGAGGGACAAAUGGGAACAGUUUGACAAAAACUAUCUGAGUAAACUGUUGAUGCGCAAAUCUGUGUACCAUAAAAGCGAGCUAUGGGAGGCGUACCAGAAAAUCAACAUCAGAGAUGCAAUCAGUGUUAUUGACCAGGGUGGAAACGUUUUGACCUCUGCUCGACUCUCACUCCCCUCUAUGGCCAGCAGAACGUCCUUUCCAGAGGUGACCAACGUUACCAACUACCUGAGAGAGAAUGGUAGUGGGGUGUGUCUGGAUCUUCAGGUGAUUGACACAAACCCUGGUGCAAAGGUUGAAGAAGAAACAGAAACACAUCAUGUACUGGCUGGGAAUCUGUACAAACCCAGGAGACGGUAUCAGUCUCACUACAGUCGACACUUCAUGACGGCAGGCGAUCAGGAGAGGCAGGACCGGGAGGUGUUCCAGAGAAACAUGCGCAGCCGCCUGGAGUCCUUCAAAUCCACCCAGUACAAACGACACAAGAAGGACCGCAGCCAGAAAAAGCGCAAAGGUUCAGAUGCAAAGGAGCAAGAAACCAUCGAAAAGCCCAGGAGAAAUGUCAGCUGGCAAGACAAAGAUCCUGUGGUAAUGCCACUGGAGCCUGGGGAUGAGAAGGCGGAGCAUUCAGAGCCAGAGAAGGAUGAGGAUGUCGGGAUAACCUUUGUGGCUCACAGAGGUUUCGAAACCCCAAAGGCGCGACCCAAAUCAGACUCAUCUGUCUUGGAGGUGUGUCAGAGCCCAUCUGUCGCUCCCCCAUCUCCCACGUGCGGAGAGAAAAACCUGCCCUGGAAGGAAGAUGUGGACUCUCUGCCUCCAUGUGUGUCCAGCGAGGCCACUAAAAUCAUCCCCAUAGACCUGCAGCAGGCCUGGAACCAGAGCAUCUCCUCACUGGAGAGCCUGGCCUCGCCUUCGGUCCUUCAGGAACCACAGCACCCGCAUGUCAGCACCCUCUCCAGACUCUCCGCACCCACAUGGCCUCCCACUUCGGCCCAGUUCCACUUCCCCCCCGGAGGCAAAGAUGAAGAGGAUGAGAACGCCCUCUCUCAGCAGCAACAGGAAAUGCAGCCUCUCGUGUUGUCCAGGAGGCAGCCGCCCCAUUCUCUCCCAUCAUCUGCCACACAACCUUCUGGGAAGAGGAGGAAUCCAUGUGUCUAUCUGAGGAGUCUAGUAACAACACCACCGGCAAACAGUGUGCCACAUAGCAGAAAACCAACACAGCUGUAGUUUCAGAGUUCCCGUCGCUCUUUCUUUAGCUAUUUAUAUACCUGCUGCUUUCGAGGCCUCUGUUAAAUCAUGCUGCUGGCUAAUACGCUAGCCUCAUGCUGACUUUAUUUCUUAGGAAUAUAAAU